GAGCACGUAGCAACAACUGAGCCAAUGCGCUCCGCCACGAUCCGUCCUACCGACCGCGGCGCCUGGCAACAGAAAAAGACGUGAUGACGUCCUCCCCAGAUUGCGUAUUAUGGGAUGUGCGGAAUUAAACAACCCGAAGAGGACGAGGGGAAGCCAAAAAUAAUAAAAAACACAGAAAUAAACGAGGUGCAUGGUGAACCAUGGAGCUCUCGGCUGUCGGUGAGAGCGUCUUCGCAGCCGAGUCCAUCAUUAAACGGCGAAUCAGACGGGGUCGUUGGGAAUAUCUCGUGAAAUGGAAGGGUUGGUCUCAGAAGUACAGCACUUGGGAGCCGGAGGAAAACAUUCUGGAUGCACGUCUCUUCUCUGCCUUCGAAGAGAGGGAGCGAGAAAGGGAGAUGUUCGGGCCGAAAAAGAGGGGACCCAAGCCUGAGACAUUUCUUUUAAAGGCCAAAGCCAAAGCCAAAGAGAAGACGUAUGAAUUUAGAAGAGAGGCUCCCAGAGGGAUCCAGGUUUCCUAUCCCAUCCCCGAGCCUAUCAUAACACCGAGGGCCAGGGAGGGUUUGCGCACCGUGGUUCCCACAAUCUUCCCGCCCAGCGCGAUCAACAGAGGGGAAAGUGUCCACAUUCGCCCACCAGAGUCGGAGAGAAGGCCCAGAAAAACUCCAGCAGCUGCUCAGCAGUUCCCCAAAAAGAGAGGACGCAAACCCAAAAUGCACAUGCAUUAUGAUAAAGACGACGGCAGCAGCUCAGCAGAGCCGGACUCCAAACGUAGCAAGUUCACGAAUGAGCCCACGUCUCACCACAGCCGACGCCCGCAUCAUCACGGGGAGACGUCAGAUCACUGCCUCAUGCA